GCUAGUCGAUAUUGGUGGGACACAUGCAGAAGACGGCCCCACCACUUCCCUCCCCUCCCCUCUGCCUUUCUCUCCCUCAAAGGUACUUUAUCAGAGAAACAGUUUUCGUUUGCGGGUGGAAGUUCUUGAUGGCGCCAUGAGUUCACCUCCUUCGUUUCUCCCCAGUUUCUUCCUUCUCUGCGUUGCUCCUUCUUAUUGGGCUUCUCCUUCGCCACCGUCUCCAUGAUGGAAGUGCAGGUCGAAAAGGAUGUGGAGCUCCUCUCAAGGGCGGCGGCGAACCAUCUGUUCCUUGCUCAGUUCGAGGCCUUCAGGGGAAUCAUACUCAGCAUCAAGAAACGCGACCCCGGGCUCGCCCUCGCCAUACUUCAGACCAUCGUCGCCAACGGAGGCGAGUUCCAGGGGAUUCUGUGGUCCAAGACUUGCAAUUCCCCCUCCCACCUCUUGUGGCUGUCGUCCCUCGAGCUCACUCGAUUCGAUUCGCCAUCUUCGACUUGGAAUCUCGACCCCGAAGCCCUAAUUCUUAAGGCGGAGUUCCUGCUCGUCGUGCAGUCGAUCAUUUCUCGCGUGUCUGACGAGGCGCUCCCUGACUUGGAGGCAACCGGGAAUCGCGAUCGCUCUGAGGAGGCCGGCAGCUUCGACAGUGGACCGGAUGAUGUCACUAGGGGUUCCGCGAUGGAGGAGCUGUCUCCUGUGGAUGCAGCUGCGUUUCUGGGGAGGGUCUUACGGCUUGGGUUGCGGAGGUUGAGGGAAGCCGCGGAUAGUAAUUAUGAUCCUGGUGGCAGCGGCAGUGAUCCAGAGCUCGAAUUAUCGGAGAGCGAGUCGAGGUGUUUGAAGCGGAUUGCCUGCGAUCAGGCAGAGCUCUUCGAUGCACUGUGCCGUAAUGUAAAGAUACAGAGGCAACGGGCGGAGCCGCCGGAGGAUCCGGGACUGGCAAUCAGCUUGGUUACUGACAAACGCGCGGAACCAGUCAGUGGAGAUGAUUUGCAAUGGGGGAUUAAGGUCCUGCAGGUGGUUCAGAGGGCACACUUGGAGCUGAUGAAUGAGCAUUUGAGGGAAGGGGACGUUGAUAAAGCCAUUCACUGUAUCCGUUUUCUUCAUCUUAAUUAUGGAGUCCCAGCGGAUGAGUAUCGGUCACUUUUGAAGGGCUUGAUAAAAAAGGUUGUAUCACAUAAGGAGACCUUUCUUAAAUCAUGGAUUGCCACACAAAGAAAAAUGUUGAUAAUCUACAAAGAAGCUCUAUCCUCUGGGUCUGCCGAGUUGGCUCAAAUGAUUCAGUCAAUUCAAGAUGAGUUGCUGUCUGAAGAAUUUGAGAAAUGUAGAGCCUCCAAUACCAGAUUUUUCCCUCCUCCCUUACAGCGGCUUCAAGAUUUACUAAAAGCCUCAGACUUGGAUGACGCUGUAGAAACCAAGAAUUUAAAGAACAUGAUAGUCAAGUCUUGCAUGCGUGACAUGUACCAUUAUGCUCGUGUUUCUGGGCUUCAUGUCAUGGAGACAGUUGUGGAAGCUGCCUUAUCUGCAAUCAAGAAGGAACAAUUUGAAGAUGCCAGCAAUGUUCUUUCAUCUUUCCCUCUUCUUCAACCUCUUGUUGCCAGCAUGGGUUGGGACCUCUUACGUGGCAAGACAGCAGCACGAAGGAAACUAAUGAAAGUCUUAUGGAAAAGUAAAUCACAGAAGUUACGACUAGAGGAAUUUUCUUUUUAUGGAAAACAAUCAGAAGAGAUAUCCUGUGUGGACUAUCUUUGUGACCUCUUAUGCUACCGUCUAGACAUGGCUUCUUUUGCUGCUUGUGUAAAUUCUGGUCAAGUAUGGAAGGCAAAGUACUCGUUGCUGUUGUCUAGUUGUGAAUCAGUAUCGGAAGAAAAUGAUGAUUGGCAGGCUGAUCCUUUUGUCUCGAACUUUGUGCUUGAGCGGCUUGCUGUUCAGACUCCUUUGCGUGUCUUAUUUGAUGUUGUCCCAACGGUCAAGUUUCAAGACGCUAUUGAGCUUAUUAGUAUGCAACCAAUUGCAUCUACUGCUGUUGCAUGGAAGAGGAUGCUGGACCUUGAGCUUAUACACAUGAAAUAUGCUUUAGAGUCGGUUGUUCUAGCCUUGGGAGCAAUGGAAACAAGUAUGACUAAGGAACCUGAAAGUUAUAAGAGGAUGGCAUUUGGGUACCUGCAAGACCUUCGGAAUCAUCUGGAAGCUAUCAGUAGUCCUCCACGUAAGAUAUUAAUGGUCAGCACCAUCAUAUCAAUGCUACAUAUGGAUGAUAUUGCUGUGAAUUUCACACAGUAUGUAUUAUCAAGGGGAUAUCCAGAACUUCCACGUUUAGAUACUUGGGAGCAGCAUCCUCUGUCUGUUCUAGAAAAUGAUAAGGAAAUUGUCUUGUCGUUCAUUGAGCAUAUCCUCGGCAUAUUGAAGCAUAAUUUGCCUGCAAAUGGUUCUGAUGUUGAGCCAAACCUGUGGAGCAGUGGAACCAUAGCUCCUUCAGAACAGGCCAUGGAGUGGCGAAUUACCCGUUCAAAGCAGUUUAUCGAGGACUGGGAGUGGCGUUUAUCAUUUCUGCAGCAUCUCCUUCCAUCGUCCACUCUUUGUUGGAGCUGGAAAGAGGCGUUAGCAAUACUUCGUGCUGCUCCUUCUAGAUUGCUAAAUGUUUGCUUACAAAGGGCUAAGUAUGAUAUUGGAGAGGAAACUGUUCAUAGGUUUUCCUUACCUCCUGAAGAUAAAGCAACUUUAGAUCUUGCUGAGUGGGUGGAUGGUGCUUCUAAGAAGGCAUUAGUAGAUGAUGCUCUCUCUCGUGUUGCUGAGGGAAUUCCCAGUGCUGAACAGGAACUCGACUUUUCUUCUCUGCGUUCUCAAUUAGGACCUAUAGCAGCAGUUCUUCUUUGUGUUGAUGUGGCUACAACAUCUGCUAGAUCCGUUGAAUUGUGUAGGCAGCUGCUAAAGCAGGCAAGGACUUUGUUAUCUGAAAUUUAUCCUGGAGGUGCUCCAAGGGCAGGCUUAACUCACUGGGAUAGGGUUCAAGAGAUAUGCAUAAUUUCUGUUACAAAGCGUGUCCUUCAGCGCUUGACUGAUUUUGUGGAGCAGGAGAAGCCGGUGAUCCUCCAAACAAUUUUUGCCGGGGAAACUAUUGGAUCAUCAGUAUCUGAAAUGAACAAACAAGGGCAUAGGCAGCGAGCCCUUGCCAUAUUGGACCAGAUGAUUGAGGAUGCUCACAAGGGGAAACGGCAGUUUUUGAGUGGGAAGCUCCACAAUCUUGUUAGAGCGCUCUCUGAUGAAGAAACAGAAGAAAAUCCUGUGAAAGGAGACACCUUUUACAUGGACAAGAAAGCACGAUCUGCUACGCAGAAAGAUGGGGUGCUUGGGCUUGGAUUUAAAAUUAUCAAGCCAACUUCAGCUAGUUCCACUGCAGGCGAGCGCAACUCAGACGCUGCUACUUAUGAUACCACAGAUUCUGGGAAAAGGUCUCUUGGUCACCUGAGCAGCAAACCUGCCACUUAUCUUUCUGCUUUCAUAAUCUAUGUUGCAAAUAUAGGCGACAUAGUUGACGGGAUUGACACAACUCAUGAUUUUAACUUUUUCUCACUUGUGUAUGAGUGGCCUAAAGAUCUUUUAACUCGUUUGGUAUUUGAAAGAAGCAAUGCUGAUGCAGCCGUCAAAGUGGCUGAUAUCAUGUCUGCUGAUUUGGUUCACCAAGUGAUAUCAGCAUGUGUACCACCAGUGUACCCUCCAAGAUUUGGUCAUGGUUGGGCUUGUAUUCCCCUGAUGCCAUCUUCUGGGAGGGCCAGCCUUGACUGCAAAUCCAGAUCCAGUGUUUCUGCAGAAGGCAAGGCUUCAAUGCAUGGUUUAUCAGCCACAUCACCUGUAACUCCAGCAUAUCCUCUUCAGCUCAAUGUAGUCAAGCAUCUUGCAACAUUGUCUCCAGUGAGGGCUGUGCUGGCCUGUGUAUUUGGAAGUAGCAUAUUAUCCAGUGGCAGUUUCUCUUUAGAAUCAAAGUCCUCCAAUGAUUCAAUACAGACUGCUGACAAUGAUAGACUGUUCUAUGAGUUCGCUCUUGAACAGUCACACAGGUUCCUAACUUUAAAUCGAUGGAUACAGAUGCAAUCCAAUCUCCAUAGAGUGUCUGAAUCUGCUGCCACCUCAAGAUGCAUAGCUGAAGUUGGAAAAUCCAAAGCUGAGUCCAGAUUUGCUAUUAAGCGUUCUUUUGAGCCUGACAGCGAUACUGAGUCAGAAGAGGAAGACAAAGGCCAUGUUGUAGUUGGAAGUCAUGGAUCUACAUCUGUUUCAGAGUCUGAUGCACAAAAUCAUGGCUCUUCAGAAUCCUUACAAAGUGCACAAAAGUAUGAAAAUGUGGACCUGGAAAAGGCAGUUUUUCUUUCAUUGGAUUGGGAGAACGAAGGACCAUAUGAAGAAGCCGUUGAAAGAUUAAUAGGUGAAGGAAAAUAUUUGGAUGCUCUUGCUUUAUCUGAUCGCUGUUUACGUGGUGGGGCUUCUGAUCGGUUGCUACAGUUGCUAAUUGAAAGAGGUGAAGAAAAUCAUUUAGCCACUGACUUGCCACAUGGUUAUGGUAGCAAUAGUUGGCAAUAUUGUUUGAGAUUGAAAGAUAAGCAACUGGCCGCCAGACUUGCUCUCAAAUAUCUUCAUAGAUGGGAGCUUAAUGCUGCGAUGGAUGUUCUCACCAUGUGCAUUUGCCAUCUGCCGCAGGGUGAUCCUCUUAGGAGUGAGGCGAUCCUAGCACGACAAGCUUUGCAGAGAUAUGGUCACAUACUGUGUGCAGAUGACAGAUAUAACAGCUGGCAGGAGGUUGAAGCUGAUUGCAAGGAAGAUCCUGAAGGUCUUGCUUUGAGAUUGGCUGGCAAGGGUGCUGUUUCUGCAGCCUUAGAAGUAGCUGAAAGUGCCAAUUUAUCUGUAGAUCUGCGGAGAGAGUUGCAGGGCAGGCAACUUGUUAAGCUGCUUACUGCUGAUCCUGUCAGUGGUGGCGGUCCAGCAGAGGCUUCAAGAUUUCUUUCGUCAUUCCAUGAAGCGAAUGAUGCUCUGCCAGUUGCUAUGGGUGCCAUGCAACAGCUUCCUAACUUGCGGUCAAAGCAGCUUCUUGUGCACUUUUUCUUGAAGAGGCGUGAUGGAAAUAUGUCAGACGCUGAAAUCUCCCAGCUUAAUGCUUGGGCCCUGGGUCUACGUGUUCUUGCUGCUUUGCCUUUGCCUUGGCAGCAACGUUGUUCUGCGUUACAUGAGCAGCCUCUGUUGAUCUUAGAAGUCCUAUUUAUGUGUAAACAGUUAGAUUCUGCUUCUCAGAUCAUGAAAGAGUUUCCUUCACUUAGGGACAACAAUCUGAUUCUUGCAUAUGCGGCUAAAGCCAUUGCAGUUAACAUGAGUCCUCCUGUUAGCGAACAACGUGCCCCUGUGAUGGUUCCCAGAACAAAGCAGAAAACACAAACGGGCGUGCCUGCAAAAUCAAAUUUUAGUCACAGCCUCAGCAACUUGCAGAAAGAAGCUCGCCGUGCAUUUUCAUGGACACCUCGUGAUAGUGGUACUAAGACUAAUUCGAAGGAACCAUAUCGUAAGCGGAAAAGCUCAGGAUUGUCUCCAUCUGAAAAUACUUCUUGGGAAGCAAUGGCCAGUAUUCAAGAGGAUCGCAGUUCAGUUAAUGCACUUGAUGGACAAGAAAGGUUUCCCUCUAUUGCUACUUCUGAAAGAUGGGUACUCACAGGUGAUAAAAAUAAGGACGAUGCAGUACGUGUUUCCCACAGAUAUGAAAGUGCUCCUGAUAUUACUCUUUUUAAGGCACUGCUGUCAUUGUGCACUGAUGAGACAGUAACGGCUAAAGGUGCUCUAGAGUUAUCUAUUGCAGAGAUGAAAAAUGUUUUAAGCUCUCAACAGUUGCCUUUAAAUGCUUCUAUGGAAACUGUAGGUCGUGCAUACCGUGCAACAGAGACUUUUGUGCAGGCUCUGAUUCAUUCUAAAGCACAGCUGAAGAAAGUUGUGGGAAGCAGUGAGGCUUCUAGCACUUCAGACAAGAGCAAGGAAGCUGAUGAAGUGUCUUCUGAUGCUGGCAGUUCUAGUGUCAGUAGUCAGUGUGCUGAUGAGCUGCCUGAGCUUGUGGCACAGGCUGACAUCUGGCUAGGGCGUGCUGAACUACUUCAGAGUCUUCUUGGGUCAGGAAUUGUUGCUUCUCUUGAUGAUAUUGCAGACCAGGAAUCAUCAUCUCGCCUCCGGGAUAGACUGAUUAAAGAUGAACGAUACAGCAUGGCUGUCUAUACCUGUAAGAAAUGCAAGAUUGAUGCUUUUCUCGUAUGGAAUGCAUGGGGUCAUGCUUUAAUUCGGAUGGAGCGCUAUGCUCAGGCCCGUGUGAAAUUCAAACAAGCUCUGCAAUUGCAUAAGGGAGAUCCAGCAGCAGUUGUUCUUGAUAUCAUUAAUACAAUAGAAUCUGGACCCCCAGUUGACGUAUCUGCUGCCCGCUCAAUGUAUGAACAUUUGGCUAGAAGUGCACCCACAAUCUUGGAUGAUUCUCUUUCUGCCGAUGCGUACCUUAGCGUUUUGCAUAUCUCUACUUUUCCACGAUCGGAGAGGUCAAGACGAUCUCAGGUAGCUACAAAUCAUCCUGACGUAUCGACAAGCUUGGAGGAUUCAGAUGAUGGUCCUCGAAGCAAUUUGGACCAUACACGGUACACAGAGUGCAUCAGCUACUUGCAAGAGUAUGCAAAGCAGGAAAUGCUUGGUUUUAUGUUCAGGCAUGGACGCUAUACAGAAGCAUGCUUGCUCUUCUUUCCUCCAAAUACUGUUCCUCCACCGCCUCAGCCAUCACAUCAUGCAGCAGUGACCCCAACUGCUUCUCCUCAAAGGCCUGAUACCUUAGCAACUGACUAUGGAACUAUCGAUGAUCUUUGUGAUUUAUGUGUUGGUUAUGGUGCUAUGUCCAUAUUAGAACAUGUCCUUGCAACAAGAAGUGAAGCUGCUGCUUCUCAGAACAUGGCUGUCAUAGAGCACACUUCUCUAGCUCUCAACCGUAUAUGUACCUACUGUGAAACCCAUAAACAUUUCAAUUUUCUCUACAUGUUUCAGGUUCUCAAGAAGGACCAUGUUGCUGCUGGGCUUUGUUGCAUCCAGUUGUUCAUGAAUUCAUGUUCUCAAGACGAAGCUACUAAGCAUUUGGAAAAUGCCAAGUUGCACUUUGAAGAAGGGUUGUCAGCACGUCAUAGAGCUGGGGAAUCAGCAAAACUCGUCUUAAAAAGCAUGCGUGGAAGGAGUGCCUCAAUAAAGCUAUCUGAAGAAGACCUCGUCAAAUUUUCCUCUCGUGUAAUAAUACAGGUCAAUGUAGUGAAAUCAUUCAGCGAUAAUGAUGGGCCUCCAUGGAAGCAUUCCCUUUUUGGAAAUCCUAAUGAUCCAGAAACCUUCAGGAGAAGAUGUGAAGUGGCUGAAACGCUUGCCGAAAAGAACUUUGAUUUAGCUUUUCAAGUAAUCUAUGAGUUCAACCUUCCUGCUGUUGACAUUUAUGCUGCCGUGGCAAAAUCACUUGCUGAAAGAAAGAAAGGAAAUCAAUUGACAGAGUUUCUAAGGAAUAUCAAGGGUACGAUCGAUGAUAGUGACUGGGACCAGGUUCUUCUGGCUGCCAUUGUCAUAUAUGCAAACAAGCACAGAGAAAGGCCAGAUCGACUUAUUGACAUGUUAAAAAGUGUGCACAGGAAGGUGAUAGCAUGUGUUAUCUGUGGGCGUCUGAAGACAGCAUUUCAGAUUGCAUCUCGAAAUGGAAGCACGGCAGAUGUUGAUUAUGUAGCCCAUCAGGCCUUGCUGUCAAAUGCACUUCCAGUUGUCGAUAUGUGCAGACAGUGGUUUGACCGGAACUUGUAAGUACUCUCUCCAGCAGUGCUGUAAAAUCGUGUACAGAUCAAGGCCAAAGGAUGCAAGGCUAAAGGUUAUGCGCCUGUUUCCUUUUCCCCCUUUUUUGGUUAAGAAUAUAUAUGUUCCAAUUUUGACUGUGUAAAAAUAACUUAUAUUUUGAGUUGAUUUUCUAGUGAUCUA